GUGCUCGACUGCGAGCGAAGUGAGGGGACCAGGACGCAUCGCGUCGUAAGCGUCGCGUCGUAAGCGGGCGUCGCACACACGCAUUCGUGCACGUCGGUCAGCUUAGGCUGAGCAGUGGCAUCAAUCACACAGGGGGGUUUGACAGUGCAGUGCAGAGCUGCAAGGCUGCAUGGCGGCCCUCGACAACGACUCCGACAGCGAGCUGGAGCUGGAAGAAAAGCAGUUCACGAUCGGCGCGCACGCGUUCCAAGUGCACGUGGUCGGAGAGCUGCCGCUCGAGACGCUCUUCGCGCUCGAGAGCAAGCGGGACGAGAUCUCGGGCCAGCGCGCCUGGCCCGGCUCGCUGCUGCUGGCGGCCGAAAUAUCAGCGAGGCCCGCGCUGGUGGCGGACCGGGCCGUCGUCGAGCUCGGCGCCGGCGCGGGCCUCUGCGCGAUGGUCGCGGCGCGCUGCGGUGCGCGCAUGACGGCGGCGACCGACGGCGACGACCGCUGCCUCGAUCUUUUGACGAGGAACGUCGCGGCCAACGGGCUCGACGGCGUCGUCACCGUUUCAAAAUGCUUCUGGGGCCGCGACGCGCCGCCCGUCGGCGAUUUGGUACUGGCGGGAGACGUGCUCUACAAGCGGGCGCUCGUCGAGCCCUUCCUCGACGCCCUCGAGGCGGCGCUCGCGCCGGGCGGGCGCGCGCUGCUGUGCCACCUGCCGCGGGCCGGCGUGUCGCAUGAGGUGGUCGAGGCGGCGCUGCGCGCGCGCGAGGCCGCCGGCGGGCCCGCGCUGGCCGCCGUCCGCGCGCCGGCAUCUGCCGAGUUCGGUGACGACUGCACCGCCGACGACGCGGCGGCGGCGCGCGUCUACGAGCUGUGUCUGCCGGCGGCGGACGACGACGCGGACGCGCGGCGAAGUCGUUUCGCGGUCCGCGUGUCGAAUCUCGCGAAUCGCGUCGAUCUCUCCGCGGUCCAGAACCUGUUCAGGGGCUGUGGCGUUGCUCUCGUUUAUCGCUCCGGCCCGCGCGAGGCCGUCGUAUGCCUCCACGACGAGAGCGGCGUCGGGCGGGCGCUGCGGCUCGACGGCUCGGUGGUUCGGGCGACGGCGAUUGCUGUGACGCGCAUGAACACCGGUGAGGCCGGGGAACCCUAG